AUGUCGUACGCAUCCGUUGCUGCUCACAAUGCCCCGCCCCCUUCUCAACAGCCCCACCCGGACCCUGCUCUCCUCACCACCGAGCCUCCGAGCGCAAGCAACAUCGCAGACGACGCCGCAAAGGUCAACAUCGUCUCGCCCGACUUCAAGCGUCACCCCGCAACGAAUACGUCCGUACAGGACAUCCCCUCGGACGUCUCCACUCCUGGUGGCCAGCCAAGCAAGCGUCGUCGUUACCGCGACGAGGUCGAACAGGAGGGACUCUACCUCUAUAACCUCGCAAAGCAAUAUAUCCUCCACCCUGCCGUCGCCGGCGGUCUUCUAGGCCUCGUCAACAUUGGCUUGAUCUCGGGAGCCGCGUACAAGUUCUACAACGACCCUUACCUCAGGCGCGAUACGCGUGCUAUCGUAUCAGCCGUCGCCGGUGCUUUCACUUUGUUGGGCGUGGAGGGCUACGCCGCCGAGAAAUACCGCGAGACGCCCCGGGGCCAACGCGAAGCUCAGAAGGCCAAGAAGGAGGGUGCCGCACUCUACCGUACUGCACGCGAGUAUAUUCUCAGGCCGGGUGUCCUCGGUGGCCUCCUCGGUGUCGUGAAUGCUGGUGUCCUUGGCACUGUGGGAUACUUCUCGUGGAAGAACUGGGAUAGGCCAUCUUGGGACAGGCGUGUCGUCUCGGCGGUGACCGUUGGCCUGCUCACUCUUUGGGGCAGUGAAGGGUAUGUUUUCCAGCAUGGUCAUCGUUACCUCCUCUAA